CUUCACCCCUCAACACACAGACAGCUGGAGCAUUCCUCAUUGGUUCUUUGUUUCUUGGUUUCAUUCUUGCCUCAACAUCUGGCAGUGCUGACUGAGUGCUUUGUCAUCCCUCUUUGGUCUUCCUUCUGGAUCCUGACUCAUGGUGUUUUAUCCAGAGUUUGAAAAAGAAGAACUAAUGUGAGGGCUGAGAAUGGGGUCAGACGAGGCUUACAACUUUGUCUUUAAAGUGGUUCUCAUAGGGGAAUCGGGCGUAGGCAAGAGCAACUUGCUUUCACGCUUUACUAAGAACGAGUUCAACCAUGACAGCAGGACCACUAUUGGUGUGGAGUUCAGUACGAGGACGAUAGAGCUGAACAGCCUCACGAUUAAAGCCCAGAUUUGGGACACAGCCGGACUGGAGCGGUAUCGUGCCAUCACCUCGGCUUAUUAUCGGGGUGCUGUUGGAGCGCUACUAGUUUACGACAUUUCAAAGCACCUGACCUACCAAAGUGCUGAGCGCUGGCUGAAGGAACUUUAUGACCAUUCCGAUCCCCAAAUUGUGGUCAUGCUCGUUGGUAACAAGUCAGACUUGGCAUCGGUACGAGCUGUGCCAACUGAGGAUGCAAAAGAUUUUGCAGAAAAGAAUGGAUUGCUGUUCAUGGAAACCUCUGCACUGGAAUCAACAAACGUUGAGGCAGCUUUCAACAACGUCCUCACAGAAAUCCACAAAAAAGUAAGCAGCAAAGAGACGACUCGUGGAUCAGGUGGCACCGUGUCACUGUCCAAUCCCAAUGCCACACCCACUGAAGCUCAGGUCGAGAAGAAGCCCUGCUGUAUAAACUCAUAAGAAUGAAGACCACACCAUGGAAGGACAUGGUGCUGGGUGCUGUUUGUCCAAUGAUGAAUCCAAACGAACCACUGUUUGUUGACUGAUGUGGCCAUAUGUGUGUUUCUUUGUGGGGUGUCACUACUGUGUUAAUAUCACGAGAAAGUAUUCUUGUGCAUGUUUUUUUUUAGGCUGAAAUUGCUUUCUUAGAUGUUUUUCCUGUCUUCUCUCGCAUGCACGCCAGCAUUUUUAAAAAAAGCGAUUCUUAGUUUUGUGAAAAGGAUGUUAUUUAUGAAAUAAUGUCACCACACAGCAGCUAUCUUUACUCAUCUUUUAGGAUUCAUUUCAAAUGACUGUUAGAUGUAAAUGUGGCAUUGACAAUGUUGUUUUACACUAAAAGUUGUCAGACUAGAUUAAAAUGGCACACAUUACAUUUCCUAACUUGCAAUCUUUCCCUUGAUAAAACCUUAUUAUUAUAAUAAGGACACAAGUUUUCUUUUAACACUGACAUAUCAAUCAAAUAUGGCAGAGUGAACUGUAACUGAUGAUUAAUAAAUUGAUUAUGCAU